AUGGACGUAGUCCACGUCGAUGGCGCAAAAAAGGCGCCAGGAGAUUGGUCGCCUGAUGCGUGUCGCACCGUCGCUGCCGAGCUUACAAACACGCUUGAUCUCGGUGCCAAUCGUCAGCUCAUAGUAGAGGCGCUUGUCUUUAUUCACUUCUCCGUAUACACCUUUGCAGAAAGGCUACUUCGACGUCAAGGCCGCAAAUUCCAUCAGUCGCCUCGUCACUUUCUCAGCUUCAUCGAAUACUACGUCCAAGUCUCGAAUCAGAAGCGCGACCAGCUCGAGGAUCAGCAGCGCUUUUUGCUCGUCGGUCUCGACAAGCUCCGUUCUACCGUAGACCAAGUAGAAGAGCUCCAAAAGAGCCUCGCUGUCAAGCGCACCCAACUCGAGGCCAAGAACGCACAGGCAAAUCAGAAGCUGCAGAGCAUGGUCAAGGAUCAGCAAGAGGCCGAACAGAAACGCGCAGCUUCCAUCGAGAUUCAAGCCGCCCUCGCAAACCAGGAGGAACAGAUCGGUCAACGAAGGCAGGUCGUCAUGGCCGAUCUCGCAGAUGCAGAGCCUGCCGUUCAAGAUGCUCAGGCUAGCGUCAGCAACAUCAAGAAACAGCACCUCACAGAAGUCCGUUCCAUGGGCAAUCCGCCUCUUCCUGUCAAAAAUGCCAUGGAAUCCGUCUGCAUCAUCCUAGGUCAUAAAAUCGAAAGCUGGAAGACCGUUCAAGCCAUUAUCCGCAGAGAUGACUUUAUCGCUUCCAUCGUCAACUUUGACACGGAUCGUCAAAUGACGCGCCAGAUUCGCGAAAAAAUGAUCCGCGACUACCUCUCCAAACCUGGCUACGACUUUGCCACCAUCGAUCGUGCAAGUAAGGCGUGCGGCCCUCUCGCAAAGUGGGUUAUUGCCCAGGUUCGCUUCUCGGAAAUCCUCGACAAAGUCGGACCACUCCGCGACGAGGUACAGUCGCUUGAGCAGCAAGCCGAGGAUACCAAACUCCAAGCCAGCGAGAUUGUCGUUAUGAUCUCAGAGCUCGAAAACAGCAUCGCCACUUACAAAGACGAGUACGCCGCCCUUAUCAGUGAAACGCAGGCCAUCAAGUCCGAGAUGGAGCGUGUACAGAAUCGCGUCUCUCGUUCUAUGCAGCUCCUUGACAGUCUUUCAUCCGAAAAGCACCGUUGGGAAACAGGCAGCCGCACCUUCGACGACCAGAUGAGCACCAUCAUCGGCGAUGCUCUUCUCUCCGCUGCCAUGCUCGCCUACGCUGGAUACUUUGACCAACAGUACCGCCAAUCCAUGUGGCAGUACUGGUCAGACCACCUCCGUGAGGCACAAAUCAAGUUUAAGCCCGAACUCUCGUUUGCCGACUAUCUCUCUACCGCCGACGAGCGCCUCGAGUGGCAGGCCAAAUCGCUGCCCGCCGAUACGCUUUGCACCGAAAACGCCAUCAUGCUUAAGCGCUGGAACCGCUAUCCGCUCAUCAUUGACCCCUCCGGUCAGGCUGUUGAUUUCUUGCUCAACGAAUACAAGGUGCAGAAGCUCACCGUCUCCAGCUUCCUCGACGAGGCUUUCCUCAAAGCACUCGAAAGUUCGCUUCGUUUCGGCAACCCCCUUCUUAUCCAAGAUGUUGAGUACCUCGAUCCCAUCCUCAAUCCGAUUCUGAACAAGGAGCUUCGCAAGACCGGCGGCCGUGUCCUCAUCCGUCUUGGCAGCCAAGAUAUCGACUUUUCGCCCUCGUUCAACAUGUUUCUUACCACUCGCGAUCCCUCGGUCGAAUUCUCGCCGGAUGUCUGCAGCCGUGUCACCUUUGUCAACUUCACCAUGACGCGCAGUAGUCUCCAGAGUCAGUCGCUUGACCAGGUGCUCAAAGUGGAACGUCCAGACACUGACCGCAAGCGUACCGACCUCAUGAAGCUGCAAGGCGAGUUUCGCCUUCGACUCAGGCAUCUUGAGCGAUCGCUCCUUACCGCUCUCAAUGAGUCGGAGGGAAAUAUCUUGGACGAUGACAAGGUUAUUGGCACGCUAGAGACGCUCAAAAAGGAAGCCGCCGAAGUGACGUCCAAGGUGGAAGAGACAGACGCCAUCAUGCAAGAGGUUGAUCAGGUCACAGCCCAGUAUGUUCCGCUCGCAAAAGCGUGCAGCUCUGUGUUCUUUGUGCUCGACCAACUCCACCUCAUUUCGCACUUUUACCAGUUCUCGCUGCGCUUUUUCCUCGACAUCUUUGACUUUGUUUUGCGCCGCAAUCCCCACCUCGACGGAGUGACGGAUCCAAAGCAGAGGCUCGACAUUCUCAUGCGCGAUCUUUUCCUCGUCGUCUUUCACAGAACUAGCAAGGCGCUUGCACACCACGACCACGUCAUGCUAGCCAUGCUGCUUGCUCAGAUCAAAGCGCGCGAAGAGGCUCACGCGGAUACCCUCGACAGCGAAGAAUACGAGUUCUUGCUCGAAGGCGGCAACAUUGCAGCAGCAGCAGCGGCGGCGGCUGCUGCUGGUGCUGGGAGCGGGGCUGGUGGGUCAGAACAAGCCAGUCACACCACAAAGCUCAGAGGUGAUGGAGAAGUAGAAGCUAUGCUCGACGAGGAGCAACUGGUACGCGUUCAAGUGUUCAAACGCCUUGCUUUCUUCCGCACGAUAGAGGAACACAUGGAAACCCAUACAGAACAGUGGUUGACCUUUCUCGGCUCCAACAGUCCAGAAACGGUGGUGCCUGUCUUUUGGCCUCAAGAAGAGCAGAGCCAAGGGCUGUCAGACCAGGUGCGCAAAAUGUUGGUUGUCAAGUGCCUGCGCCCGGACCGCAUCGUUCAGGCCAUGGCUGCGUUCACAUCUCGCAUCUUUGGCCAGGAUGUGCUUGGCGAUCCGGGAUACGAGCUCGGCAAAAUUGUCGCGGAAGAGGUAGAUGCGAGUACGCCGAUCGCACUCUGCUCUGUGCCCGGCUACGACGCCAGCUACCGAGUCGAUCAUCUGGUCAAGCUUGUUGGUGCGCGAUGCACACCUGUCGCCAUGGGUUCACAGGAAGGUUUCACAUUGGCGGACCACGCAAUCACAUCAGCAGCACGCACUGGCAACUGGGUUCUGCUCAAGAAUGUCCAUCUCGCACCCAGCUGGCUGUCGCAACUCGAGAAAAAGAUGCACAGUCUAAAGCCGAACCGCAACUUCCGUCUUUUCCUCACCUGCGAGACCUCGCCUUCGAUUCCGGUGAAUUUCCUGCGCGCCUCGCGCAUUCUGAUGAACGAGCCUCCGCCGGGCAUCCGUGCUAGCAUGCUCGACAGCCUCAAAAGUAUUGCACCUGCACGGCUGCAGCGCGGACCGGCCGAAACAUGCAGGCUCUACUUCCUACUGGCUUUCUUCCAUGCCACACUUACAGAGCGGUUGAGAUACACUCCUCUGGGCUGGUCAAAACCAUUCGAGUUCAACGAUUCGGACGCUGAGGCUGCGCUCGACAUCAUCGAAGGAUGGGUAGCUCAAGUUGCCAAAGGUCGUGCCAAUGUUGAUCCGCAGCAGCUGCCAUGGGACGCCAUCCGAUCACUCCUCAAGCAGAGCGUGUACGGUGGCAAGAUCGACAAUGUUCCCGAUCAGACAUUGCUCGACUCGUUUGUCGAUGAGCUCUUUUGCGCAAGCGCGUACGACGUCGACUUUAGGCUUGUUAAGGACGAAAAGGAUCCGCUCGUGGCUCCCGAUGGCACCAAGAUGGAGACUUUUAUCAGCUGGGUACAGGCGCUGCCGGAGCAGCAACCUCCGCAGUGGUUGGCGUUGCCGCCGAGUGCUGAAAAAGUGAUUGCUGCAGCACAAGGUACAGCUCUGUUGAACAAGUUGGUUAAGAUGAAGCAGUUGGCGGAUGAUGACGAUGACGAGACUGUUAGUCAUGAUCGCAGCGGUAGUGGGAGCGGAGGCGCUCAAGAGGCAACUACUGCCAGAAGUACAUCGGAAGGUGGCGCAGCGUCGAGUUCGGCCUCGGUGCAGCCCAGCUGGAUGAAGGCACUGCGUGCGAAUGCUUUGCAAUGGCUAACAUUGCUGCCCACCACUGUGACUUUGUUUGGAAGCGAUGCUGGUUCCGUCCACGAUCCCUUGUACCGCUUCUGGGCACGAGAGCACCGCACAGGCUCGUCGCUGCUCUGCGCAGUGAGAAACGACCUGCAGGAGGUGGUGGCUGUGUGCGACGGCGACUCGCGCCAGACGAAUCACAACCGAACGCUGCUGACCGACUUACCGAAGGCGGUCAUCCCACAAUCGUGGCGUCGGUACUCGGUACCCAAGUCAAUGACGCUGGCUGAAUGGAUUGUCGACCUGCGAGCGCGGCUCGAGCAGUUGGAACGCAUCACGCGCGAAGCCAGCGAGCUGGGAGCGGGCGCUAGUGGUGGCUACGACAUGGCUGAAGUCGUGCUUGGACUGCUCUUCUCGCCAGGAGCUUACCUCACUGCGACAAGGCAAAGCGUUGCACACGCAUCCAACGUCUCUCUUGAGAAUCUCUCGUUGCGGUUGUUGCUGAACGACGCGAAAGCAGGUCUGGAACCAGGCAAGUUUGCCAUCAGAGGGUUGAAGUUGCAAGGCGCCAACUGGGACCCGGAAGCCAAGCGCAUCAAACUCAACGAUGGUGGUGUUACAAAUCUUGGUCUGACAGCGCUGGUGUGGGAGCAGCAGCAGCAGAAGCAGGGCGAAGGCGCCGAGGGUGCGGAGCAAGGCAAGGUGCGUAUUAGCGUCUACUUGAACCAGGACAGGAGUCAGGCGCUGUUUGCGACCAUGUUAGAUGUCGAUGUUGGCGUGAAGGGUGCCACUGUGGCUCAGAGGGCGGUCGCUUUGCGUGCAUCGUAG